AAACCUGAAGAACGAAUCACAGAAGAGAAACGUGCAUCAUUCAACUACGGUCAGCCAGGAUAGCUACAAGCCACGCGUUGUGUGAUCGCCAAUAUAAUAAAAACGAAAAACCACUGAAAUCCUUGAACGGAUCCACGCUAACAAACAAGUAGGAAGCAAGUGUCGUGUUCGUCUGCAUCGAAGGCAGAAAAUAAUUUUCUUCUCCGAGUAAAUUUUGUUUAUCGUAUGUCCAUCCAGAAUCUUAAUACAUUCGACCCAUUUGCGGAUGCAAUAAAGGGUGCAGAUGAUGAUGUACAAGACGGACUCGUGCACAUAAGAAUCCAGCAGAGAAAUGGUCGUAAAACACUAACCACUGUCCAGGGCCUAUCAGCGGAAUAUGACCUGAAGAAGAUUGUGCGGGCAUGUAAAAAAGAAUUUGCGUGCAAUGGCACUGUGAUUGAGCAUCCCGAGUACGGAGAGGUUCUCCAGUUGCAGGGCGAUCAGCGUGAAAACAUUUGCCAGUGGCUUACCAAGUCGGGUCUAGCAAAACCAGACCAGCUGAAGGUGCACGGCUUCUAAGAGCACAUCAACGGCAAAACAAGAGUGCCACUAGCGGCCACCAUUUGCUACAUGUGUGUGCGUGUGUGGUCGCGUGCAAGCUCGCCUUUUAUUGUAAACUUAGAUGACAGCGCAAACCGACAGGACUCAGGAGGAUACGACGCGAACGGAGACCGUAGUUGUUUCGUGAAAGAGUAAACAAACCUCAUAACAAGGACAGCAACCAUAGCAGUAGUAAUCGAAAACAAACCAGCUUGCAAGAUAGUAACAAUUUUUUCACGAACAAAACAAUAAAUCAUGAGUGUAUCUAAUAGCGAAAUAAAUACAGUUCCCUAUACUCAAUUCUUCAUUGGUCAACCGGAAAUCGCAACAAUGCGAAUGAGAAUUGUUCGGAUGAGUUAGUAAAAUUAAAUUCGCUUUAUAUUCACUCCAGAGAAAAUAAUCAAUCAUAACCAAAAAUUCGUUUAAUUUUUUAACGACUUGGAAUACCCAGAACGUGUAAUAACUAAAUAAAUCAUGAUAUCUGCUACAGAAUGAAUGUGAUUAUGAUGCGACAAUUCGAUGCUGAGUAAGAACAUUUGUGGGUCCCAAAAUAUUCCGCGAGUGCAAAUUGUGUUUACUUCUGAUUAGAAUACGCUAUAGUUGCACAGUACAAAAUUGCACAUUUUAUUGUGGAUGCACCAAUAUUGUUUGUGUAGUUCUAUUCAAUAAUCAUCUAGUAGGAUAGAAUAGUUGCUGCUAUUCACUCAAUUGUAUACUUAUCACAAAUAGAUGUUUCGAUAGCGCAAAAGUUUUCAGUGCUUUCAAUAUUGUCUUUCUUCAUGCAAAGUUAAAUUGAAUCUUCCCAAAAUAAUGUCCCAAUUUUUUGAUUUCCUUAAAAUUAUUAGCUGAUAUUGGCUGAAACCCUGGCAAUAUUUUUAUUUUUUUUUUUUGCAAGAAACAAUUUAAACUGACUUUCCUCCAAUUUUAUACAAUGCCGCAGGGUGGUUUGUAUUAAAUUCGAAAUUCACUAUGGACCUUUCAUAAAUCAAUGUUCUCUCCUAAAUGAUAUGUUAGUUAUUGUGCUCAAUUUGUUUCGAUGUUUAUUUGAAUGUUGUUCGUGUGGAAACCAAUUUUCAUCAUUAUAGCGCGCAGCUGAAGUGUUGCGUUUGUUUUAAUUAUUUUUCAUUCGUUUAAAUAUAAACGAUCUGUAACAAUA